CACGGCCCGGAGGCUCUGGGGACGAGGAUGUCUGAGGCCACCAACAUUUGGUCAGCAGCGUUGCAACAAAACAGAUGCUCCAAUGCUCGGCGAUCGUUUUAGGCGAAGUCCAAAAUAAAGCAGUUCAAAACCUGUGAACCGGCAGAGCAUAAUAUUAUUAUUUCUCCUCAAAUAAAUGGAUCAGCUUAUUCCUGUGAUUAACAAGCUUCAAGAUGUGUUCAAUACAGUAGGAUCAGAGGCCAUUCAGCUGCCUCAAAUUGUAGUUGUGGGCGCCCAGAGUAGUGGAAAAAGUUCUGUCCUUGAAAACCUUGUUGGAAGAGACUUUUUACCACGAGGAUCUGGAGUUGUUACCCGAAGACCACUGAUUCUUCAAUUAGUUCACACUCCACCAAAGAACAAGACCACAACAUCUAAGAAGUCAACCAAGGAGGAGAAACCAAAAGACUUGGAGGAUGACGAAGAAGGUGAAGCUUAUUUUUCAGAUGAUGAAGGUGAAGAGUCUGAAAAGGACAAGGAAGAGCCAGAGGAAUGGGGAAAAUUUCUUCACUUAAAAGAAAGGAAAGUGACAGACUUCAAUGAAAUUUGUGAAGAAAUAGAACGGGAGACUGAGAGAGUGACAGGAAAUAACAAGGGUAUCUCUAGUGAGCCUAUUAGACUAAAGAUUUACUCGCCCAAAGUUUUGAAUUUGACAUUGGUUGAUCUUCCUGGAGUUACAAAGGUCAGUCCAAGUUGCUGUACUGUGUCUGUGGCUCAAAGUGUNGAAGAAGGCGAAGCUUAUUUUUCAGAUGAUGAAGGCGAAGAGUCUGAAAAGGACAAGGAAGAACCAGAGGAAUGGGGAAAAUUUCUUCACUUAAAAGAAAGGAAAGUGACAGACUUUAAUGAAAUUUGUGACGAAAUAGAACGGGAGACUGAGAGAGUGACAGGAAAUAACAAGGGUAUCUCUAAUGAGCCAAUUAGACUAAAGAUUUACUCACCCAAAGUUUUGAAUUUGACAUUGGUUGAUCUUCCUGGAGUUACAAAGGUGCCUGUUGGAGAUCAGCCACUAGAUAUUGAACAUCAAAUCCGUCACCUUAUUCUCCAGUAUAUCAGUAAUCCUAACUGUAUUAUUCUUGCCGUGACUCCUGCUAAUAUCGACCUUGCCACAUCAGAAGCUCUGAAGAUUGCCAGAGAAGUGGAUCCAGACGGAAACAGAACACUGGCAGUUUGCACAAAGCUUGACCUUAUGGACCAUGGAACAGAUGCUCUGGACAUUUUAUAUGGAAGAGUUAUUCCAGUUAAACUUGGAAUUAUUGGCGUGAUGAACCGAAGUCAACUAGAUAUAAAUAAUAAAAAGACUAUUCAAGCUGCCCUGAGAGAUGAAGCACUCUUUUUUCAAAAGAAUUAUCCGGCCUUAGCGUCUCGAAACGGCACUCCUUUCUUAGCGCGGACUCUAAAUAAGCUGUUAAUGCACCAUAUUAGGAAUUGCCUGCCGGAGCUGAAGUCACGUGUUAAUGCUAUGACGUCACAGUACCAGCAUUUACUACAAAGCUAUGGAGAACCAGUGGAAGACAAGGGUCCAAUGUUACUUCAGCUUAUUACGAGAUUUGCCUCUGCGUACUGUGCCAUUAUUGAAGGAACAGCACGGGACAUUGAAACAACAGAACUGUGUGGAGGAGCUAGAAUAUGCUACAUUUUCCACGAUAUUUUUGGUCGAACGCUAGAAAUGAUGGAUGCAAUGGAAGGCUUGGCAACCAGAGAUAUACUAACAGCUAUCAGAAAUGCAACGGGCCCUCGUCCAGCGUUAUUUGUUCCAGAGAUUUCAUUUGAACUCCUGGUCAAGAGACAGAUUCGUCGACUGGAAGAACCCAGUCUCCGGUGUGUGGAGCUCGUCCAUGAAGAGAUGCAGAGGAUUGUGCAGCAUGCAUUCAGCCAGGUGAUGGAGGUAAAGAGAUUUCCACAUCUUCAUGAUAGGGUUGUCGAGGUGGUCACCAGCCUUCUUCUUCGACGGCUGCCUUCCACAAAUGAAAUGGUAAUUGCUUAUGAAAUUAACUUCUUGAAUUCACUAAUAUGCCGCAAAAAAUUUUUCUCACGUAGCUCGACUUGUGCCCUCGAAAUCUCCAUUGAACGUAAGCGUCUCAGCAAGUUAGCACAAAACAGUCUUGUAAAUGGACCGAUGGAGGGUGUUAGAUCCCAGACCUCCACUCCGGAAGCAAGUCCCGUUCAUCGGCCCGACAAAAACCCAAGCGUUAACACAUCCUUUGGCGCCAGUCUCCCAGGAGACAAAAAUCCGGCCCCCUCGGCCUCAACUGGAGGUUUUACCUCUUGGUUUCCCGGCAUGCGUAACACUAAUGCCCAGUCCAGCUCUGACCGUACGAGUGUAGUGGUUGGACCAACCAAGUCUUCGGCUACGGAAGAAUUGAANCCUAAAGCUAUAAUGUGCUUCUUGGUGAAUUUUGUUAAGGAGAAGAUCCAAAGUGAACUGGUAGAGAAACUUUAUAAGAGUGAAAUCUUCGAGAGACUUCUGGAGGAAGCAGAGCAAAUGCAUAUCAAGAGAAAAGAGGCUACGGAAAUGUUAAAGGCGCUGCAAAGAGCAGGACACAUCAUAAGCGAAGUGAGAGAUACACACAUUUGGUAGUCAAGACUGCAGCUAGAGAGAAUGGCGAGAAAAUUGAACAAAAUGGAAAAUAUAUGGAUUAGUUCACUACUGCUACAGGAUAUGGAGUUACAAAACUCUGCAGAAUUAACUGUCUGUCUCGGGCGUUUCCUGAGUUUUUCUAAGAUUGGAACUGGAUUUAAUUCUUAUGAGCAGUUUCCUGUUUGCAACUUGAUUCAUUAUGCAUAGAUGCAUCUCUACCAAGGUCUGGAAUCUGACAAUAAUCGACACUAAUUUCUAAGUUUGGAAAUCAGGAUUGAAAAAGACUAGACAAGUCGCUAUUUUUGUUCUACAGUUUUGUUUGGAUGUAACCUACUGGGGAAUUUAAAUUACCUUACCGGUAGCUCUGCUAGUCUCGAUAUCUCUGAGGCGUUAGUAUGGCCUUUCACAGUAUUAUACUCCAAUACAGUCUCGCGGGUCUCAGUUUA